AUGCUUGAUGUGAGGAAGUUUCCGAAAGGUUUCUUACUUGGUUCCUCUGGGUCGGCCUAUCAGUAUGAAGGUGCUUGGAAUGAAGACGGUAAAGGACCUUCUAUCUGGGAUGUUGCUGUUCACGAGAAACCAUCUCGCAUUCAAGAUGGCAGUACUGGGGAUGUUGCUUGCGACUCCUACCACCUUUACAAGGAGGACGUCAAAAUAAUGAGCUAUGUCGGAUUAGACUUCUUCAGAUUUUCCUUUUCCUGGUCUAGGAUUUUGCCCACAGGUUUCCCGAACUGUAUCAACCAAGCUGGCAUCGACUUUUAUAAUAAUUUCAUCGAUGAACUAAUAAAACAUAAUGUUACACCAUUCGCAACAAUCUACCAUUGGGAUUUGCCUAAACAACUACAAGAGCUAGGAGGUUGGACUAACCCAGAUGUAGUGCAAUGGUUUGUGGACUAUGCCAAAGUUUUAUUUGACAAUUUUGGUCAUAAAGUCAAAAUUUGGGCGACUAUAAAUGAACCAUCUAUGAUUUGUUUGGGUGGGUACGGUGCGGGGCUGCUUGCACCAUUUGUGAAUGCUUAUGGAAUUGGAGAGUAUGCAUGCGCUGAGCAUGUGCUGCUGGCUCACGCUAAAACUUACCGUCUCUACCAUGAGGUCUAUAAAGGAAAGGGAAAAGUAGGAAUUGUACUUAACACUCAUUGGUUUGAACCAGUGACGAAUUCGAAAGAAGAUAAAAAGGCUGUAUCAGAUAUUAUUCAAUUUGAAUUGGGGAUUUAUGCAAAUCCUAUAUAUGAUCCAUGCGGAGACUACCCAGAAGUAGUUAAAAAACGAGUAGCUGCGAAGAGCUCAGAGCAAGGUUUUCCAAGAUCUCGUCUUCCGAAACUAUCAUAUCGAGAUUUGAAACUUAUCAAGGGUAGCGCUGAUUUCUUAGGCAUUAAUAUGUAUUCAACUUAUUUCGUGUAUAGAAAUGAAUCAGUUAAAGGAUCUUAUCAUGUGCCAUCUUCUUUAGAUGACCUUGAAGUUGGAUUCAGCAUAACACAAAGACCAUUUAGUGUUGCUACAUCAACAAACCCCAGAGACUUCUACAAACUCCUUGUGAAAAUAAAGAAGCUUUAUAACAACCCGACCGUCUAUAUCACUGAGAAUGGACUGUCCAAUGAUGGUGGAUUAGAGGAUGAUGAUAGAAUUGAGUACAUAGCUGGUCAUAUUAACGCCUUGUUGGAUGCUGUGGACCAAGGAUGUGACGUCAGAGCAUAUAGCGUUUGGAGUCUGCUCGACAAUUUCGAAUGGCUGUUUGGAUACAAGAACAAAUACGGACUCUACGAGGUGGACUUUUCCAGCCCAAAACGCACAAGGACUCCACGAAAAUCUGCGCAUUUCUACAGGAACGUCACACAAUCUAGAUCUAUAGAACGUUGCGAUUUGUAA